GUCUGGGCAGCCGGGGCCUGGACAGCGAGGGUCUGGACAGCCGGGGCCUGGGCAGCCAGGGCCCGGGCAGCCGGGGCCUGGACAGCGAGGGUCUGGGCAGCCGGGGCCUGGACAGCGAGGGCCUGGACAGCCGGGGCCUGGACAGCGAGGGGCCCGAGGGGCCGCCGCCCUGCCGCUGGCCCAUGAUGGCGCAGGUCGUCCUGAGGCACCCCAUCCACACGCCCGUGCGCUACCAGGAGCAGUUCGAGGCGCGGGGGCUGGAGGACUGCCGGCUGGACCACGCCCUGUUCGCGCUGCCCGGGCCGACCACCGUGGACCUGGGCCGAGCCGGGGCCCCCACGGCGGAGACGCCGCCCCCCGGGGGCCCCCCCGAGGGCCCCCCCGAGGGCCCGGCCCGCUUCCAGGUGCUGCUGGACGUGGUGCAGUUCCUGCCGGAGGACAUCCUCAUCCAGACGUGCGAGGGCUGGCUGCUGGUGCGGGCACGGCACGGCACCCGCAUGGACGAGCACGGCUUUGUGUCCCGGGCCUUCACCCGCCAGUACCGCCUGCCCCGCGGCCUGGGCGCCACCCACCUGCGGGCCGCGCUGGGCCACGACGGCAUCCUGGUGGUGGAGGCCCUGCGCGGGGCCGGGGCGCCGUGAGACCGCCCGGGGCCCCGCUCAG